CGGCCGACCGCCACCGCCGCUGCCGCCGUUGAGGGAGACUGGCUGGAUGAGUGGGUGAUAGAGGCGAGGCAGGUGUGGUGAGGCGGAGGAUUGGAGACGAGAACCUACAGAUGACGGCAGACACGGAAGAUUCCACUAACCAGGAGUUGGUGAUCCGAAGCCGUGACUGCAGCGAUCCCGUGCGUUCUGCACCAUCAGGGAAGGACUCUCUCUGGCUUCGCACUGCGCCUACAUUGACCGUUGCCGCCGCCGCUGCUACCGCUACUCGGAGGGGCACUGCCUCGCAUUGGGCCUUCACUGCCGUCCCGCUAAUACACGUGUCGCCGUCGCAGCUACUGGCACUGAGGGACUUCGCCUCGCAGCGGCCUGGCAAACACCUGCUACACCACCACCACUAACUCCACCACCGCAGUCCAGAGAUUCAGCUUCGCAUAGCAGACAUCCUCCUAUUCAACGCUUGCUGCCACUACCACCUCAUUAUGGUGGUGUCACUGUACUUGGAUCUGUUGUCACUACUGAAUAAUAAUGUGUAAAGAAA